GUGCGUAGCUGCUGGAACCGGAUGUGUCGUCUUCUAAACGCGACGCGACCGGAUGUUCCAGUGUAUCGAAAGGAAAGCGCAAGAAAGGCAUUCAUAAUGAACAGUCGGGGACUCCGCUCUCAGCUCAGGGACAGCGUACCUGUGGCAGGUCUCUGUCCACAGGGAGCAUACGGAGUUCAGGACUCUUUACGCAGCGGCUUUACCAGUGUAAAGAAUGAGCUCCUUCCAAGCCAUCCGCUGGAGCUGUCAGAAAAAAAUUUUCAGCUGAACCAGGACAAGAUGAAUUUCUCCACUCUGAGAAACAUACAAGGUCUUCAUGCUCCGCUCAAAUUGCAGAUGGAGUUCAGGGCAGCCAAACAGAUCACACGUCUACCAUUCUUACCAAGCUCAAACUUGGCUCUCGACACACUGCGUGGCAGCGACGAGUCCAUCGGCUUCGAGGACGUCCUCAAUGAUCCGACCCAAAGUGAGAUGAUGGGGGAGCCACACACGAUGGUGGAAUACAAACUGGGAUUGUUGUGAAAGACCAACAUAAUCCACACUUACAGUUUAGGUUACUGUGUCUGCAUAUGUUUAAUCUCCCAUUCCGAAACAGAAGCGAAAAUCUCCGCCACCUCAGCAGCUGGAAUCUUUCUUUUUCUUUUUCGUGGUUUUGAGCAGGAGGUGGUUCUGUAUGUGCACUGGGUGACUUUGUAAAUGAGAUAUAUGCAGUUUUACAGCGGUCACUCAAGACAGGCAUCUAUGGAUGCCUUUCUCUGAUUGAAAUUGGUUAUUUCUAAUAAACUUCAUAACCUUCAUUUUGUGGUUCAAUUUAUUUUCUCAUUAACUGUGAUAUUUAAUUUUCAUUAUAAAACCCCCUGGUUUCCCUCUGGGAUUAUUAAAGUAUUUCUGAUUCUGAUU